AAGUGAAUCAUAUUCCAUGAAUAUGAUAUCUAUCUAGUGUGAUGUAUGGAAUAUAUGACAAAGGUGGAGUCUUAGAGUCUUUCUAUUGCUCGGUCAUCUCAUAUAGGUCCGAGUCGGACAUCCAAUUGCUUCGAUUUUCAUUAUCCGGAGGAUGCCUGACUAUUAUAGAAAAAAGAUGGACAAUCAAACCUAUUUCUCGAUUCAAUAGAAGCCCAAAGAGAUGAAUAGGGUCCCAGAAGGAGAGAUAUGUAAAAAAGAGGUCCGAUUACACCUAUUCCUAAUCCUAAAUGGAAUCUAAGGACGUAGGGAUCCAUAUGUAAACAUAGUAUCUAUUUCAAUACGCUCGGAUGACCCCUUCUCAUAAUUAGAAUGUAUAUAACCUAGCCCUAUUCCGGUCUGGCCCGGUAUGGAAUGAACUUAUAAUCAUGGAAUCGACUCGAUCAUCAGAUUCUAGAUUAUAAGUGAAUAACCCUAGCCCAUUCCCAUUUUGGGCGGAAGAGAUCUACUAAUUCUUUGAUUCCAGUUAGUAAGAGGGAUCUUGUUCUAAGAAAUAGAUUGACGAAGCUAAACUCAAAAAGGGUAUCCUGAGCUAUUUAGGCGGUAAAAAGGAUUUGCAAUACCUCCUUUCCUUCUUCCAUUUCUUCUUCCGUUAGUAUGAGAUUUUUCAUAAGAAAGAGAAAGGUAACUUCAAGAUCAAGAGUUGUAGAGUCGUCAGAUCUCUUUUCUUUCAGUUCGUAUGAUCUCUUUCAUCAGAGGCCUCUAUGACAGUCGUUCGCUCAUUCAAGAUAACUGAUAACAAGACCCUAUCGCUCCUAAUCCGACUCCCCACUAAGUCUUCCUAUUGAUCUUCUUCUUACCUUCCUGACUAAAUCAUCCCACUAGUCAAGAAAUCUUCCGUCGUUCCAGCUUCGCUUCGUGCGCUACGCUAGGGCUACUAACUAGUGCGCUAGGGUCGAACUAUUAUUCCCUUCUUUUUUCAUUUACGGAAAGAGGUCUUUGGCCGAGUAUCGAAGUGAACGUCUGCAACGACGGCCAUACUGUCAUCUCUCAAAAGUGAGAAAACUAUGGUCUGAUCGGUUGUUCCGCGGAUGACUCAACAACAACUCAAUUCCCAGACCGAAGAGAACUCAAAGAACUCUUUCAGAGAUAAGACGGGAAAUUAGGAAAGGGCAAAGAGGAGAUACGUCAGGUUCAGUGUCCGGUCCAUUAUUCAAUGCACCUAGAAGGAGACGACGUAGUCGGACGAGAGAAGGAGCUCAGAAAGGUAGCAAGGUGGCAGGCCCAAUGUGUACUACAAUCAAUAGUACGGAGAAAGCACUACGCGCCUAAGAUUGAAGGGAAGCCCCAUCAACUUCUUUUUUUUCGAAUGUGCUUUUUUUUUCUACAAAACCCGAUCAAUAGCUACAGAGUCGAUUUCUCCUUACUGGUGGGCUGAUUGAAUCCCUGGCAACUGAACUAAUAUUCCAGGUUACUUUAUUCAAUGAAAUUCAGUCGCUUCUCAAAUUCUUUGAUCCUUUAUUCUCCUUCGCAAAUUCUUUGCGCCUUUGUUUUUGCUUCUACGUAGCUUAAUUAGUCCGAAGGACUGAUUUAUAUCCAUAUUAACUAAAAGGUGAAGAGGAAAAUGCAAGCUUUCUUGAAUUAGAGAAUGAAACUACCACGGACCUCCGCGCAAAUCGACAAAGGAGGGGUCUUUCGAUCUUCACCUUUUUUCAUGCAUUCUACGAAAUGCUAUAUUUACCCUUAAGAAUCAAAGCAAAGGGAAGUCCCAGGGUAGAAGAAAGAGAGUUCUAAAUUCAACUACCACGUACCGGGAAUUGUGUCAAGUCUUCUUUCGUAAGAGGAGAAGUGGCGCUCAAGAGGAAGCUAGAACGACCGUAAGGCAUCGGUCUGAUUCUGGUAUUUCAGAAGUGCAGUUCGUAUUCUAAGAAGAGGUAUAAAAAGGGAUCGGAUCCAGAGGUCCCCUUGUUCAUUCAGGCUAGGCUUUCUCUUUAUUGAUAAUAGGAGCCGAAACUAAGCUGGAUCUCUUUCAUUAUCAGGAAGUGAAGGAGCGAGACCUCUGUCCUUUCUAGCUUGAUUCUGCUUUGAGCCUCUCUCCUUCGCAAAUUCUUUGCUCCUACUCGGCCUCAGUAGUUUAAUUAAGAGGAAAUGAGAAAUGUGUGACAACGGUCUCCACAAUCGGAAGAAAGUCCCUCGACCAAGCAGCUGAUAGGAGGAGCGAUCCCAAGAAGAAAGUACUCUUUCCUAUUUCAAGGGAAGAACUCGCAUAACUGGAAUUGGAAGCUCUCCCGGAUGAAUUAGUUGGGUCGGCUGAAAGGGCACAUCCUGAGUUGGGGCGAAGACACUUUGUUGGAGUCACUUCACAUAAUAUCUUUUCACUUCCAGUUCUUGCAGCUUUCCCGGAAUAAAUAGAAGAUGCUUUUCUGUUAAUAUGGAUUUCAGAGUCCUUCGGACGGAUAGGAAUCAAGGAUGAAGCAGAUAGGUUCUUUCGUAGGAGGAAUCGGCAGUUUCAGUUUCAUCAGUACUAUUAGAGUAGAGAGCGAAUUUUCCCGUAUCAGAUAGGUUCUCAGACGGGAGACUCCCACGGGGCGGAGAGGUUCUCAUACGACCAACUCAUAUGGAAGAAAGCCUAGGGGUUAGGAGACAAGCGACCGUAUAGGAGCGAAAGGGGCUCGCAUUAAGCUACGGAGGAGGUUAUGAAAUAACUCGACUCCCACGGGGCGGUUCGAAGAAAGUCGACUGAUAAGGAGUCAAUGAAUAAAGACUCAUUUCAUAAGGACUUCCUUAUUCCUUAUUAGGAUUAGGAGUGCAAGGAAAGAAAUCCAUAUUAAGAUUCCGCUCCUGAUUGAUUAAAGAACUAGUCAUUAAUGGUCGGCUUCAUUGGUAUCCUUUCGGUAUGCCUUGCGAACACUUGAAUUUUGAGCCUCUCACCUUCUCUAGAGAAGCGAAACUCGAACGGAUAGAGCAGAUGGUCCAACUAAAUAACUUUUUCUUUUUCAUUACUUCCAUGGUCGUGCCUCGUGGCACGGCAGCACCCGUACUAUUUCAAUGGUUUGUCAGUAGAGAUGUUCCCACAGGUGCCCCUUCUUCCAAUGGUACUAUAAUUCCUAUUCCUAUCUCUUUAUUCCCUCUUUUGGUCUAUCUACAUUCCAGGAAAUUCAUACGCUCCAUGGACGGAGCAAAAAGUGGAGUCUUGGUCAGAGCAAGCCGCCCUAUUCUAUUACCAGACAUAAUUGGGAGAAGCUCAUCCGAAACUCGAGCUAGAAAGGCCUCAUUUCGUUUCCUUCCCCUUAUUCAUUUCCUUCUUCUUUCAUCCAAGGGAGACUUCUCCUAUUUUUCAUCUUUCUGCGGUGUGCUCUGUUUACUAUUCUUUCGUACUCUCUUCUCUUUACCACGCCAUAGUUCAGCGAAGCGUGAGCGGGCGCGGAGAAGGAAAGGCCAAAGACUCAGACCUUUGUUCAUUGAGGCGGGGAAUGAGCAAGGACUCAAUUCCAAGAUGAGGUGCUCCGGGCACCCCCAUUUAGAAAGAAGGGUCUCAGGUUUUGGGCCUGUAGCUUUCCCCGUCCGCCCUUCGUCGGGUGGUGCUUGUGUGGGGGGUGUGCUACCAGAAAUCGGGCUUGAAGCUCUCGCCUUACCAACGAGCCGACAGCUGAUGGCUCUUGGUCACGACUACUACCAAAAAGCUCCAAUGAAGAUUCAUAUUUCACAUGGAGGAGUGUGCAUCUUUAUCUUGGGUGUUCUUCUGUCGUGCGACCUGGUGGCUUAUGUGCGACCUGUGGGCCCACGCCUCCUAUUUUUUCAGGGCGGGCGGCGUGAACUCUGAUUCGAUCCGGGUAUUCAAUCCCGCCGCUGAGAUGCUCAGUUGACUCCUUAACCUUGAUAGGAAGAUGGCUUAUUCAAGAAUUCGUGCAUAAGGGUAAGGAACUUUGGAUGAACUAAUGCGAAUGGGUGUCAGCCUCGCUGCUCGGAAACACCCAGUGCUGACCACACUGAGAGAGACGAAAGCGCAGGUAACGCCAGUUGGCGAAGUGGCGUUAAGCAUCCCUAGCGGUACGAAAAGAGAGGUCGUGAUGAUAUCAUCUACGUCCGUACCGCUCCUCGUGGAGUAGAUCCCGCAUCCAACCAAGUCUUUGACCAGGGAACGGGAGAAUUCCCACUACCGCAGGCAGGCCAGCCGGGCCGUGAGCGCGGUGGGAACGGGCUUCCCAAAAAGCCAGCCCGGGGCCGGAGUCAGCAUAGAAUGAAGGGGACGACCUCUUGUGUUGGCAAAGCCAACUUCUUGGGUUUCGGGCGGAGAAGAGCGGACAUGGGGACUCGGGUCAGGGCGCAGCGUAACUAAGAGAGCCAUUCCAUUUAGGGCGAGCCCGUGUGGUUAUGGGGGCGGGCACGAGCCGGUCUGGUGUCCGAGCCAAUUGGUCAGACGACGACGACUGAACUUAUUAUCUUAGUAUUAGCCGCCUAUCCCGAAAGAAAAUGGGAUAAUAGAAAGAACGGGAAGCGCGGGAGCUAUAGGAUUGGUUUUUUUUUGGGGGGGGAAGGAGCCCGACAGGGUCCCCCCACUGACUUGGCCCCGACCGGCAGCUGCUGGGUUUCCCCAUCUCUCCUAAACUUCCCCCGGUCUUCGGCCCGAGCUGUAUGAGGCAGAAACUCGUCUCACGUACGGUUCGGAGGCCGAGCCCCACCCCAGCAGUAAUGGUGCGGCUUAGGUCAACUAACACAAAGAAGAUAGAGUUCACUCAACGAUUGCCUUUGGGUUCCGAACUCCAUAUGGGGAAGGAGCGUUGUUGUUUGCGAGGUCUCGAUCAUUUACAUGGACCCACUUCUCAUUCCAUUUGUGGUAAUUUGAUGAUCUAUAAACCGUCCCUAACGAAGGAUCGGCUCAUCUUUUCGCAUGAUAAAGAACUUCGUGCCGACCAGUUGCCAAUCAACUUUCCGGCUUCAUAUGAGAAUGGAAAACUGGAGCAUUUUCUGCAUCAGUGGAUGAUAGGCUUUCUUCGCUUUCAUCAGAAUUUAUGGUUGACCAUGUUCCCAGAAAAAAGAUACUUUCGAGA